CGCAAUGGCGACCUGGCGGCGCCCUUUUGCCUGGUCGCUGGAGCCCGCCUGAGACGUGCUCGUCCUAUCCCUGCGGACGCCGAACACGCGUCCAGGCGGGCCCUGCCGCUAGGGAGGCCCGGCCCACCUGCUACCCACCUCGAACGCCUUCGCUCCGUCGGUCACGUCGUGACUGAUACACUUCUCUUCAGCGAGGGCCAAGGAAACAACCGCCACCAUGAAGAAGCUGGCGUCGACGUCGAGGCAGCGCAAGAAGCAGGCCACCACCACCAACCUGGUGCACGUCAAGCAGGUGGAGAGCCGAAACACUGGUAGCGGUGUCGUCCGGCGCACCGUGCUGAACCAAACGCGCUCGCGCGAGUCCGCGGUGCAGUCGUCCGACAGCGUCCAGGAGGAAGAAGAGACCAUGGCUACGUCCAACCUGAGCAACGAGAUGAUCAAGAGUCGGGAGUCCACCACGGAUGCCGGCGUGCCGCCCAGAAGCUCGCGCGAGCCGUCCGAGAGCAGCCUGACGCUGAGCCUGCCCAAGGAGAUCCGCACAUCGUGGCUGGAGAACGAUCGGUCUUCCAAGUCGGAAACAGACGCCGCCGCUUCAGCCGCACUCACGAGAAUGUCACCCCCACCGGGAGCCGUGCAGCUUCAGAGGACGCACACAUCGGAGACCCGGAGCACGGCCAAAAGCAUAUUCAGCACCAACAAGUCAGUCGUCAUGGAGACGCAGCGGAACAGCAUUUCGGCGCUUCCAGGGGGCCACGUGCCGCCGGCGUGCAGGCCACCCGACUACCCGCCCGAGGUAUCGACGGAGACGUCCGAGUACUCCGACGUCCGCCAGUAUCAGUCUGUGGACGGGUCGUUCAACUCGCAUUCGGACAAGGAGUUCCGCAGCCUGUCCUCCAAAGCGGGCGCACCCCAGGGCUCAGACAUAUCUCUGGUCGGCAUGCCAGCCACUGGGGCCGGGGCACGCGCGGGCAGUGAAUCUUCGGUAGGGACAAAACCGUUCGUGGUGUCGAGCCGAGUCGAUGUCGACUCGGCUGAAUCCCGCGACGCAGUAGCGGGACCACGUCGCACUGGGGAGGAGGACGUCUUUCGAAACGACUGGUUUUCUCAGGUGCAGCAGGAAUUCGCGAUGCCAAGUGUCAGCGCUUCCCUCGACACCACGGUUCCCCUUGCCGGCGCUACAGACCUACCGUCAGCGACAUCCCUGGAAUCGCACAAGUUCUGGAGUGCUGACGUCCUUCCCGCCGUCAGUUCAUGCACCUCGGCAGUAACGGGACUAGAGAGCGAUGACUCGGGCGCGAUUGCUAGAGACGACAGCCAGCGUCACCUGGUGGGCGUGUCAUCGGCUGAUACUGGACCACUUGAUGGUCACGAUGCCAGACCCGUAUUCAAGUCAUCGAGUUUCAAGAGCGCUGUUUCUUCGGCGGCUUCGGAGCGCGACGCGGCAUCCUCUCUUCAGAAUAUCCCGGGAAAGAUGGCCGACUUAUUCAAGGCGUUCGCAACACCCGCCAUAGAAGGCUACGAGGCUACGUCCACCAGCAGCACCACGUUUCCCAUGCCUAAGGAUAUGGCCGGCACGACGGCGAGAACAUACGAAAGCAAACACGAACAAUUUCGCUCUUCUAGAGAUAUAUCAACGGCUCAGAAAGCGGCUCAUCAAGAACACGCAGUAGGGCUUUCCACCUCGGCCGUGCUAGGUUCUACUGGAGUCACAGCUGCGGCAUCAGCUCUCUCUGGUGGUCUUCCCGCACGUAGAUUCUCCCUUCAGGAAAGCUCUGAUGCCGCUUCCAAAGAUAAACCAGCUGUCAGCGGCACGCCAAGUGCGAUUGCUUCGCACGAGCAACAACGGACAGCUACAGGCUUAGUAGAAUCGGGUGUUACCGCGCCAAAGCCUUUUAUACAAAGGCCUCCAAAACAACAAGCUGCCAGCCACACCCAGGUCGGCACGAAACCUCAUGGGCUGCCCAGCGCAAAACACCUCAAGAAAGGGACUGAGAGCGGAACGACGACUCCCUCUCUCAAGUCUAAGAGCCAGACCGAAGCUCUUCCUGGUAAGGCAGCCGGUGCCGGAUCGGCAAUAGCGGCAGUUUCUUCCCUAGAACAGCCCCCCAAGUCCUUUAUCGCUGCGCUAGCGCCUAGUGGUAUAUCCUCGAAAGAUCAACAGCUCGGUGAGUUGGCAACGACAAGCCGCGGGCCAGGUGGAGCGUCACCGCUUACAGCCGAACACGGUAAACGCGCGAAGACUGGUAGUCCGGCUACUGCUUCUGGGCGCGCCUCACCUAAGGUGGGGAAGAGCGAGCAUCGCAAGCAUCCCUCAUCAGGGAAAGUAUCAGGAGGGGCGGUCUCUCCAAAAGGCGAGCAACGCAGGAAGCCUACUGCCCACAGUCCGACAGCAUCUGGCGCUGCUUCGCCUAAGGUGUCAGCUGAGGGACGCGCUGAGCAUCCACCAAUACGUCGAACGGCAAGCGGGACUGCGUCACCCAAGGUACCGGCUGGCAUACAGCCACAGAUGCCACCCACAUUGCUGGAUUGGAGAGGAAUGGCAACGUCUGUUCAGCCGUCACUCGCUCCAAUCGACGAAAGGCUUGAGCGCUCCACAACUAGUUUCAGCAUAUCCGAAGCCGCGGUGCCAAAGCCGCCGGCACAAGCGCCUCCUUCUGCUGUAGAUCGCCAUGGCAGUGCCACGUGGGCUACUGGAGCAAAGGCUGAAGUCGCAGCAGCGGCAGCUCUUACAGAGGAGACGCCCUCCGCAAAAGUCCAAGCCCAUCAUCUUGCUGACAAUACCGCCGUUCCUGGUGUCGGUCAAACACCCAUUCUUCCUGAUAGCAUUGGUAUCGAAGCAGCAAAAUUUGAGGGUAGUGCAGACGGACGCACACCUCACCUUGCAUCCAUCCAAGAGCAGUUAACUAGUUUGGCUGCCGACACAAACUUAACAGCCGAAGUGCCUGCAACUUUAGCUCAACAGUCGACUGAAAAGCCUCCUGAUAGCGAAUCGACGGAACUCGGUCCCGGUAUUGUUGCCGAGCAUCAAAUCACACAGACCAUGAUGCGUUCGUUUUCGGUAAUACCUCUUACAGAAAAAGGUCCAGACAAAGCUAAGGAGACAGGUGUCUCAAUGACUGUCACUUCUGACGCGGUUAUUACUCAGAAGCUUGGAGAAAUAGGCGCCGAAUCCAGCGAGAUCGAUGUCGCGGUGCUUUCCGAAGACCGCCGCGAGAAACUACUAGAAACCACUGGAGAACCAAAGGCUGCAGACUUUGCGGGCGCAGCCAGACAAGUUGUAGACCAACCUUACGAGAUUACUGCCCAGGAAGACAGUACUCGAGGGGUCGGCUUAGAACUUAAGCAAACAACACAUCCUGAGAAGCAACAGAAGACACGAGAGACGGAUUUGGAAGAAAUUUCGCUAAGUCUAGACCAGGUGGAAAAACCGCUACCAAUGGAGCAGAUUGAGGCACCAAAGAAGGAAGGUGGGGCGGUGGAUCAUGAAGACAUCCUGCAACAGGCGGAAACGCCGCAGCUACCAAAGAAGGAAGGCAGCGAACUAGACCAUGAAUACAGGCAAGAGAUUGAAUUUCUGGGUAAGCCACAGGAGCUGUUAGAUCACACACAAACCACGGAGCCUAAGGUACCUUCGGGAGAGCUUGUAGAGGCACUUUUUGCCAGUCCUGUUGAAGUUUUUACUGAAGAUUCUAGAAUGAGUCUUGAGCAAACUAUUGACUCAUCACGGAGAGGUGUAAUCGAUGAUCAAGCCGAGAAGAGAGCGGAACCUUUAACCCCUGUUUCCGACAAAACGGUUAACGCCUUGCAGGAGCCUUUCGGUGAGGAGCGCGUAAGGCCGUCAGCUAGUACUCCUGUCUCACCAGAGGGCAGGGAACCUGGAUUUUUAUUCGAGGAGUCUUUACGACGACCAACUGCGAGCUCAUCUUGGGCGGAGGCCAGCAUACAAGAUGAGGAGCGUCGAAGAAGCUCGAGCGUCGGUUCUCCAAGGGCUGCGCUCACGGUAUCUGCAGCGCCCAGCGACGACCUUCAUCUUGCCAUCGACCAUGGAGAAAAGGUACAGGCCGAACAGCGUCGCAGAACUUCAACGCCCAGCACUGCGCGUCCAAGUACUGCAAUGUCCGGUGCCCGUCCGGACGAAACUUCUUUAACCCCCGGCGGUGUCCCCGAGUUCGCAGGACCGACGCCUAAAGAGCCGAAAAUGGGUCCACAAAACCGGUCUGACUCGUUGACCGCUGACGGCUCCACCGCAGCAAGUUGCAAGAGACCUGACCUUGACUACCACGGCGACAUGUCGAGGAAGAGCCAAGAGGUGACCGAGCAAGCAGGAGUCACGCUUGAAGACUACACAAGCGCUUUAACACCGGGUGUUUUUGUCGACAAGCACGACCAGCACGUUGCCGGGCCUGGUUCCGAAGAUACCGCUAGCGAGCACGCAGUUACGGUGUCCGAUUCGCGUGGCUUUCAACCGUCUUUAGGAGAGGGCCUCUUCCAGCAGUCAAGACAGGGCACGACCGGAAGGCGAGAGUCCGCCGAGGCAGCUGCUGGCAAAAAGGCCGAGGAGCGCUCGGCGAUUGUCGAGACCGUCGCAACGAAACCACACGCAGAACUUGACGUCGAAAGUACCACGUCGGGAAGCUACGACGAUAUCGAUGAGGAAGCGGAGAAGACCAGAGACUUGUACCCUGUCUACGCGCCCGAAGAAGACCUGCAAAUGGCGGUGGCCGCCAUGAACUUGCCGUCCGAACCUAUCGACUUCGAGCAGUCGUUCGGCGGCAGGUCGACGCUUCGCGAUGACCGAAGUUCAACCACUUUCCUGCCCGUGUCCUCGGGAGAAUUGCGCCAGGGGUACGGCUUGGGUCAGCGUGGCGGUGCGGCGGCUAGCGAGUCUCACAGAGAAGGGUCAGCAGAAUGCGACCGGGAAGACCGGGCGCGCGUGGCACGGUCGGACAGCGACUCCUGCCGGUCCCCCCCUGUAGAGAUCGUCUUCGCCGGGUCGCCGCCGCAAGUCCGAGGUAUUCCCUGCACGGCUCUCGUGGAGAUUCCGUCUGAACAGUGUAUCUCCGUAGCACCGUCGCGCGAACUUCUCGAGCAGAACUUCUGGGAGUCGGAGGGCGGUCUCAGUCCAGGCGGUACUUCUAUCUCCCUCGACGACUCCGAAGCGCCCUCCAGGAGCUCUAUACUGCGGGUAGCUGCUCGCAUCUUCCGCGUGGCAUCACCGCUGGCCGGUAUGUUUCCGGCGCAAGAGGAGAUACCGCUGAACGUGCCCGUGUUGCCGCACGCCCAACCUCCGUCGGCGUCGCCUCCAUCGGCGUCGCCUCCGUCGGCCGCCGAAGAGCCGAAGGAGACCGACGAAAAGGAAUCGAAAGCGAGAAAGCGCAAGGCCGGCGUGCCCGAGCGCAUAGUGAGGUGA